GUGACGCGUUCACCUGCCGAGCUGGGGCGGGGCGCAGAGGUGCCUUCGCUGCUGCCACCGCCGGGAGCCAGUCGGGAGUGUACCAGGCUCUGGGAAAAACCAGGGCUCCCAGCCGAGAGCCUUUACCUGCAAGCCACGACCCGGCAGCUCCCAUGGCGCUCCUGCUGUGCUUCGUGCUCCUGUGCGGGGUGGCGGAUUUCACCAGUGGUUUGAGUAUUACUACACCUGAACAGAGGAUCGAAAAAGCUAAAGGGGAAACUGCCUAUUUACCAUGCAAGUUUACUCUUGACACCGAAGACCAGGGACCACUGGACAUUGAAUGGCUGCUAUCCCCGUCUGAUAACCAGAAAGUGGAUCAAGUGAUCAUUUUGUAUUCUGGAGACAAAAUUUAUGAUAACUACUAUCCGGAUCUGAAAGGACGGGUACAUUUUACAAGUAAUGACGUCAAGUCUGGUGACGCAUCUAUAAAUGUAACCAACCUGCAGUUGUCCGACAUUGGCACUUACCAGUGCAAAGUGAAGAAGGCUCCUGGGGUUGCAAAUAGGAAAUUUCUGCUGACAGUUCUUGUUAAGCCUUCAGGCACAAGAUGCUUCGUGGAUGGAUCGGAAGAGAUUGGAAAUGACUUCAAGCUAAAAUGUGAACCAAAAGAAGGUUCCCUUCCACUGCAGUAUGAAUGGCAGAAGUUGUCAGACUCCCAGACAAUGCCUACUCCAUGGCUAGCAGAAAUGACUUCUCCGGUUAUAACUGUGAAAAACGCCAGUUCUGAGUAUUCUGGGACAUACAGCUGCACAGUCCAAAACAGAGUGGGCUCUGACCAGUGUUUGCUACGACUAGAUGUUGUCCCCCCCUCCAACCGAGCUGGAACGAUCGCAGGCGCUGUCAUAGGGACGCUGCUGGCCCUUGUGCUCAUUGGGGCCAUCCUCUUCUGCUGUCAUAAAAAACGUAGAGACGAGAAGUAUGAGAAGGAAGUGCAUCAUGAUAUCAGGGAAGAUGUGCCUCCUCCAAAGAGUCGGACAUCCACUGCCAGGAGCUAUAUUGGCAGCAACCAUUCCUCCCUGGGAUCCAUGUCCCCUUCCAACAUGGAGGGGUAUUCCAAGGCUCAGUAUAACCAGGUCCCCAGUGAAGACUUUGAACGUGCUCCUCAGAGUCCGACUCUGGCACCCGCUAAGGUAGCUGCCCCUAAUCUAAGCCGGAUGGGAGCCAUCCCCGUGAUGAUUCCGGCACAGAGCAAGGACGGGUCUAUAGUAUAGGACUCUGCACCUCUCUUUUCUGCUUUCCAUGGCUCGUUUCUUCUCUUGACAUAUCAAAACUCAUUCUAUUCUAAAUUUUGUUAACAGUAGCCCAUAUAUGUGUGUGUGUGUGUGUGUGUAUCUGUACAUAUAUAUGUGUAUAUAUAUAUGUACAGAUACACACACGUGUGUAUAUAUAUAUAUGAAGAAGUUUAUAAGAAACAUGCUCCAUAAGAUUUUUUUGGUUAGAGUGAAACCUUAAAGGCUUAGGAGUAAUGGCAUUGACCAGUUGGAGAAUUUGAGGUUUCUUACCAAGUUCAUUUUAAGGGCAUCUAAAUAAUAAUGCCCUUAUUGUAUAUCUUAAGAAAGAUACAGCACUUUGAAUAUGAUGUCAUGGGUCAAGAAAUUUGCAAAUUUACAAACAUACCAAGUUGAUUCUUGAAUCAUCUAAAAAUGAUACUUUGUAGUUUCUACCAUUAUUUUUAGGACAUCUGUCUCAUUUAUUUAUGAACAACAGUAACUCUCAAAUUAAAAAAAAAUCCAUGGAAAAACUACUUAAUGUAUGAAGUUGUUUUUAUAGUCUGAGAAUUCUUAAGUGUAUUUGAUUAUCUGUAAGAAUAGGAGACAUUACAGUGUUUUAGAAAUGACUAGUUUUAUUUCUAAGUCACUCAUAAACAUCUAUGACAUGAUUUCUUUUUUUCUUCCUUCCUUCCUUCCUUCCUUCCUUCCUUCCUUCCUUCCUUCCUUCCUUUCUUUCUUUCUUUCUUUCUUUCUUUCUUUCUUUCUUUCUCUCCUCCUUUCUUUCUUUCUUGUUGUUUUGCGAUAAGGCCUCAAUCCGUUUGUUGCCUAGGCUGGCCUCAAAUCAUGAUCUUCUGCUUCAGCUUCAUGAAUGCUAGGCUCACAAGUCUGUAUCACUAUACUGGCUGUAGAACAGUUUAAGUAUUUAACUAAUACACUACAGAGGCAACAGGAAGAAGUAACCUUUUGUGCACUACAAAAAGAAGCACCUUUCAGCUUCAGAAGCAUUUGCCUCUGCUACACACAGAGCUGAAACCCUUGAUGCAACACGGGUGAGGGUAGGAGGAGGAACAAUGAGGAGCGUGUCUGCCUCGGGGACUUUGGACGGCCGCAAAAGUCUGACCAGGCAGGAUGAGGGGGCCAGAUUUGUCAGUCUGCAGCUAAACACUGCCUUUCUACUUUAGGUGAUGUUUUUGCAAUUGAAAAGGAAGGAAGAAAUGGAGGGAGGGACAGAGGGAAGGAAAGAAAGAAAACUAUUAAUUCACUUACCUGGCAGUAAUGGAUGAGAAUUCUCAAAUUACUGAUUUUUAAAUUUGUGUUUUUCUUUUGUGGCAGACCGAACUGCAUAUUUUAUGUUGUAGAAACAUGUAAUCUAGGCUUUUGAUUUGGAGUACGGUUCCUGGAGGAUGUUUUUCUCUAAGAGUCAGUGAUCAAAGAUAUUUGAGGCAAGUUAAGCGUCUUCCACUAGUCCUGAAUUCCAGACUUGGGCAAUGUGCUUGAUGUCCUGUGGCCAAACCUGCCUCUUGAUAGUUGACAGAGAUCAAGGUUGAGUCUUAGUUUUGUGAAAGUGACUUACUCGUAAAAGAAAUUUUAAAAGGAGUAAAGGGACUACUCCUAUCUGCCAAAUGUAUUAAAUAUAGUUUUCGUAGGAAAAAAAAGUGAAUUUAUUGUAUAUCCCUUAAGAUUGUGAGGGAGUGUGUGUAGAGUGUAAUGAGCCAGCAUUUUCUUCAUAGUAGAUAAGGUCUGUGAUGAUAAAAGAUUUCUUUACCUGCAAAACCUUUCCCCUAGGGAACUGGUCUCUGUUAAUCUCUUCAGGUGCUGUGCUGGUAAAUGCUACAUUAUAAAUUAAUGUUGGCAUGCAUUUACGGUUAGGCAGACUAUUGUGUAUACUUUUUAAUGGUGAACUUAAACUGAAUGUCCAUGUAAUGGAUUCGUGUACAGUUUUACAUAUUUGGAAGCCUUUUUUAAAAGUAGGCCUAAGCCUCACAUAAAAUUACUUUUUAUAUUUGUGUUGUUUUCAUCUGUGCCUUUUUAGGUAAUUUAAUUUCUACAAUGACUUUCUGGUGCCUAUGAGCUAGCUAUCACCUACCUUGAAGGUGCUUAGAGGUGAAGGUACUGUUUUCAGCAGCACACCACUGUGGCUCCUUUCUACCCCUAGAGUCUCAGUCUUGCCUUUUCUCCUCCACUCUUCUUGAUGUCACUUAAAUGAUACCAUUGUUUAUUAGGAUUUAAAGGAAAUUCACACCCUCUCAGUACGCUUUGACUGUGUUUCUAGUUUAUACCCAUAGCCGCGGCUGACUCUCAGAUGUUUAGCAUUUUUCUAAGAUAUUACAAGAAUAAACUGGAAAGUAGAUCUUAAUGAUUUGUAGGUAAUGAAGAUUAUGCUAAGUAGAAACUACGACAAAAGCAGAUGUGCGGAAUCUUUUCCUUAGACUUUGUUUUUAUUUAAAGGCAAACACAACCUAGAGUAUCCAACUACUUUUAGUCCAGAUCUGUAGCAGCUGUAAUCUGAGAGAGAAACUGGUUUUAAAAACAAAACACAACAUUGAAAACCAACAGGCCUGAAGGAUAUAGAAUCAGAUAUGGUUAAGUUUUAGGGUUUGGUCUGCAGGCUUCUCAUUGUUAAGUCUCAGUUUACCUAAAGGUCAGAGGAGUACUAAGAAUUUCCCAGACAAGUCUCUGAUUUUGAUUGAAUCAGGGAACAAAUAUUUGCUCUAGAAUCAAUACUAGUAAUGGUCACCAGCUCACCAACUUUGUUGGUGCAUCUUAACUACAGAGCCAGUAUGAGUUCAGGGCCAGCACUGGCUUCACAGCAGAGCUUUCUGAUUCCACUCUAUAAACGAGAGACUUAACCCAUAUUUUAAUGUUCCAUGGGGUAAUCUGGAGAGAAGUGACACUGGAUUCCAUAGUCUGUGUUCUGAAUACAGAAUAGUUUAUGAGUAUUACUAUUGAUAAUCGUAGUAGUGUUUUCCUGUUAGAAAGCCUCGCCUAAUACUCAAAGUCUGGUAUUGAUUUUCAUGAUUUCUCCGUUACAUAGACAAAUACUUACUUAUAUUUGAGUUAUCUCCCAAGGCUCUGUUAGUAUGGAAACACAGACUAAGUGUGUUUAGUAGGGAAGAUCCAUACAGAUUAUGGAAAUGCCUAAUUUCUGCUACAUGUGACUCUGCACAUCUAUGAUCCCAGCACUCAGAGGCACAGGAAGAUCAUGGGUUUGAGGCCAGUAGCCAGUUCAGAGCAGGCCUGAGCUACAGCAAGAGACCUAACACCUGGAGACUGAACUCAGUAAUACAGUAUUUUAUCUCGAAUGGGCAAAAAGACUGAGAUUUGAAUCUAAAUUCUUUUAAGAAAUGAAUUUCAGACCAUGCCCUGGGAAUUAGAUUAAGUGAAGAGGCGAGUAAACCUUACGAUUAAAAAAGAACUCACUGCAUGGAGUUGGCUAUUCUUUAAUGUGUGACUUAUUAAAUAACUACUGUCUAUGUGUAUAGCAUGUAAAUUUGAAGCUAUGUGAAUGUUCAUAGGUUUCUGUUUUUUCUAAAAUAUUUUCAACAGUGUUUAGAGUGCUCUCAGCUGCCUUAUUUCAGUGUGAACAGAUAAUGUUCCUAUUUUAUGUGGUGAAUGCUUUAACUGUGUCACUUACAGAGUAGUGUGUAGAAAACGGCUGGCACAAUUUUAAGUGGUUUGUGACAUUAUAUAUUACAUAUGUACAUAUGUUUAUAACAUUGUGUUUCAUAGUAUAAAUGUUCUGGGCAAGUUUUAAUAUUUCAAAUGCCUCUGGAUAUUCCAGCAAUAAAGGCAACAUGUUCUGCAGUCAAGUUUGCCUACUUUGACACUAAAAUAAUCUGUAUUUGAGCAAGCAGAUUCCUUUUGAAAAUAUUACAGAAAGAGAGGGAAUAAAUAAAUUUGUGAAUUGUGGUUAUUUCUCCUUUAGGAAGGCCAUUUGUUUACCUUCCGGAACUUGCCCCUAAGCUCUAAGUUCAAGCAUACAAAAUAUGUCCAGUUUGUACUUUAGAGUAUAGAGGCCAUCAGUUUGGGGCUUUGUGUUUAUUCAGACACUAAAAUGUCUGCCAAAGAUGAGCUAAUUUGUUUAAUGACACAGGUGCUAAGAAGACCACGAUUCACCAAUUGACUUAUUCUUGUUCCUACUUGUGAAUUUUGGCAAUAAACACAGCUUGUAUUAAGAAUACUAAUUUGACACUCACAUUUGUAAAGUUAUUGGUAGUGUCAGUUUCAGAUUUUGUAUUUCAAAUAUCUGGCUUACAUAUCCAAUGAUGCAGAUUUUAAAGUUUGUAAGAACAAUUUUGUUUAAAAACAGAAACUUGCUCUUAGUUUUGUGACCUUGUGUACUUUUGAAAUAAAAUGAAGAAAGCAGUC